AUGAACAAUGAUGAAGAAAGAAUUUACAUGUAUACUGAUAUUUUCACACACAGUGUGAGUGAUGAAGAAAAUAGUGAUAUACAUAAAGAAAUGGAGAAGAAGAAAAAAAAAAAAAAGAAAGGAAAAAAAAGUACAAUUUUUUCAGGUGAUGAUUUGAAUAAUGGGGAAAAUGAAUACAGUAAACUGAGAGCUGAGAAUUCCACAAUUCUAAAUAAUUAUUUUGAUACUGAACCUAUUAAAUGCUUUAAUAAUGAUGCAGUUAGGAAUAACCAGAACAGUGAUAUUAUUUCCUUUCCACAGAAUAAGCAGCAUUCUUUGAAUGUCUUUGAUGGGGAACUUAUCAAAAAUAAGCACUCCAUCCGGUUGAACAAGCCUGGAUUUUACUGCAUCUAUGUGGAAAAUAACAACAAUAGCAAAUGGGACAGUAUUUAUUUCGGUCUAUCGAAGAUUCAGGUGGAACUGAACUACAAAUUGAUAAUUCAAAAUGAUAUAAAGACUUCUGAGGGGAAGUCAGAAGAAAAUCGAAAACAAAUGGGUUCUAAGAACCCAGAAUACAAUGAUGAAGAAGUAGAAUCGAAAGAAAAAGAAGAAAAUGAUAAAAACCAAAAGAGGAAAGAUUCAAUGAUGAUGGCAAAUUUUGAUUUAAAUGAUGAAAUAAAUAAAAUAUGUAAAUACAAUUUUGAUCAAAUGGAUAUAACAUUGGAAGAAUCAUGUGAAAAAAAUGUAAAAAAAAAUAUAAAUAAAUAUAAGGAGAAAAAUAAUAAUUCUUCUGAUAAUAUCAUCGAGAAAAAUAAAAAACAUAGUUAUCUCUUUUUAGAUGAACAUAAGACUAAUAUAGAAACCUUUAUUUGCACUUUUAAUGAUGAAAAUCAAAUAAGAGUCUCCUCAAAGAAGAAGAAAUAUAUAUACCUAUAUAACAAAAGUACUAAUAGCACUCUCCAUCUCAAUGUUAGUACCUACAUGUCACUAGGAAUGAGUAUUCAAUGUAGAUAUGGAUUAAUGUUCUGUGGAAAGUAUAAUCAAAUUCCUCGAGACCCCUACUCUCCAUUCAGGAAACCAGUUUCUAUAUUGUCCCUAGAUGGAGGAGGAAUUUUGGCUAUGUCAACUUUGAUUGUUUUGAAAAGAAUAGAAAAUGAGAUAAGAAAAGAAAUAGGUAAUGACGAAGUUAAACUAGUGGAUUGUUUUGACAUGGUUUGUGGAACGAGCGCAGGAGGUUUGAUCUGCUUAUCAUUGUUAAGAGGAAUUAAUUUACAAGAUUUAAUGAACUUGCUACCAAGUACUAUGCAGAAGAUAUUCGAAGGUAAUAGAAAUUUAAUUUCCGGAAUUUUAUUUGAAGGAUAUGAUAUAAAUAAUGUGAAAGAUUUAUUUAUGGAAAGGAUUGGUAGUGAUUUUAUGUCUUCUCUUAAAAGAGCUUACUGUUUUGUGACAGCAACAGAUGUCAAACACAAUCCUUAUAAAUUAUUUUUACUAAGAAAUUAUGCACAUAAAUAUAAUGCUAUAAAUGGAGAAUCCUAUGAAGGUAUUAAUAAAUUUCCAUUAUGGCUAGCUGCUUGGGCAACUGCAUCUGCACCAACAUAUUUAAAAGGUCCUAGUUCAGAAGAUAUAAAAAAUUUAGGUUUCCUCAUUAAACCAGAAAUACAUUUAGUAGAUGGAGCUUUGAAAGCAAGUAACCCUGCACUAAUAGCUUUAGAAGAAUGUGCAAGAUUAAAUAAUAAAAAUCUAUCAUCAUUUAUUAAAGAAGAUUUAGAUACCUUAGUGUCUAUAGGAACUGGUAAAUCACCAACGAAAUUGACACAAUCAGGUGCUAGCGGAAAAUCAGCAUCUACAUUUGAAAUCCUACUAAAUUCAGCACAUCUACUUACAAGAGCAAAUGAAACACAUAGAGAAGUAUUGCAAUGGCUUUCAGGAAGAGACAAUACAUACUUUCGCUUUAAUGUCCCAAAUAUUGGAGAUAUUAAUAUUGAUAGUCAAGAUGUAAGAGAUUUUGAUAUUAUUUCCAAGGCCACUAGAGACUACCUUUUUGAUGAAAAGUUCUACGAGAUUAAGCGUUUGGCUCAUAAGUUGGCUAAUAAUUACAUACGAUCAAAGUAUCUCUGA